CAGCUAAAUAAAGCCCGCGGUUCCUUCAAUGAAACAUAUUUUCAAGUCUGGACGAAUAUAUUUUGAUUCCUCAUAUGGUAAGACGGAUAAUUCGUUGCUCAACUACACAGACGAUAGAAAGGCUGCUGUCGGAUAAUAAGCUAAUGUAACGUUAUAACGUUACUUCUUGUUAAACUACCUUGUCUUUUGAUAAGCGUUAGACUGACACACCCACCGCCAUCAUCUACAUGCAUCCAGCGGUCUAAUGUUACAUAGAAUACAGACAGUUAGUGAUGUAGUGUACCGGGUGUGGUAAAUUAAGGACCCAGAAGCAGUACGACGGACACACGGAAUAGUUGAAACGAGACUUUAUUCCAGGCUGAACACACACAGGCAAACAUGUACAUGCACACGUGUAGAAAUCCACUCGGUGGAACGAGAAGGCAGACAGAAACCAGAGCAAGGGUAUAGUAGUCGGGGACAGAGCUGAGUCGUUUACCGGGGCAGAGGCAAGGCGGAGAAGUCCAAACAGACAGGGUCGGCAACGGGAAACCGGUCGGAGGGUAAACGCGGGAAAGUCUGGCAUAAUGCAGAGAAGGAUCUGGCAGUGAGUGUGUGUGGGACUGGGGUCUAAACAGUGGGUGCAGCACAGUGAGCAGGUGAGAGUGAUGAGCUGAUGAGGUGAGCGAGAGACAGACUGGAGAGAAGGGGCGGAGCUGUGACAUAGGAAAGCAAUGAGAACUCGAUCAACUUCUCCUCCAAUUCAUUUGCACAUCGACGAUGCCACACCGGUCCAUGUGCACGUGAAGAGCCAGAGGACGAGUCCUGCCAGGACGCCUCAGGGGAAGAACAAGGUCGACAAAGGAAACCUCCAUCCCACAGCCAAGGUCAAAACACGGUUGCCAUGGAUACCACCGGGGAAGGCCUCUGUACGGGACGCUUCAUACAAGUGGGAGGGGCCAACACACUGCCUUGAGAUCACACAACCGCUCCCUGAACCAGGACCUGAACACUCCCAGUCUGUGCUGCGAUUAGCUGACCUCACAUCAGAAGAAGAAGAAGGGCUGCACCAACGAAUCAGCCAGUAUGAGAGGAAGAUUGACAGCUUACUGACUGAAGUCAGCUCUCUGAAGAACGAGGUGGAACUGCGGAAGCAGGAGCAGCUGCUGGAGCGCCGGUCGGAGCAGCUGAGUGUCUCCCAGCGGGUGAUCGCUGAGCGGGAGAAAGAGCUGGCUGAGGUGACCAAGGAGCUGGAAGAGACAGAGCGGGAGAACACGCGCUUACGCCAAUCCAUGGAGAAGAUGCUGGAGGAGAAGGACCACAACAGACAAGACGAGGACAGCAUGCAGCAAGACAAAGAUGCUCUGCACAGGAAGCUGGUGAAGGCUGAGGUGGAUGGGACAGCAGCUGCCAAGCAAGUCUCAGCCCUGCGACAGUCUGUUUCCAAACUGUGUGGUGCUGCUGGCAGUAGGCUGUCUGGCUCUGACUCUUUAGUCUUGGCUCGUCAGAAGGAGCUGUUGCUACAGAAACUGGAGACAUUUGAGGCGACAAACAGAACUCUGCGGCACCUCCUCAGAGAGCAGCACGGGUCCCAGAUGGAGUCAAUCCGAGUGUCAGAGCAGAAGGAUACAUUACUCCAGAACCUGGCAGACACAGAGGCAGAGAAUGCUCAUCUUGUGGUGAAACUUCAAGAGAAGGACAGAGAGGUUCAUCAACUCUCCAAACGUAUAGCUACUGAGAAGGACAAUGCAAAGAGCACAGCUGAUUUGUCCAAGAGUCUGGAGUCAACAAGAGCUCAUUUACAAGGACAGCUGCGGAGCAAAGAGGCUGAGAACAACCGGCUUACUGUGCAAAUAAAGAACCUGGAGCGAGCAGCCAACCAGCAGAAGGCGGAGAUGGAGCGUCUGAAGGAGCAGCUGGUGAGGCUGAGGCAGCAGGCCGGUGCAGACCGAGAUGCUCUAAAACGAGCCACGCGAGCCCAGAAACAGCGCGCUGAGCGCAGCGAGGACACUGCAGGCCAGUUGAGCGUCCAGCUGCUGGACAUGGAGAAGCAGGUUUCCGAUGCACUGUCAGCAGCUGAGACCUGGCAAAGUCACCAUGCCCAAGAGGUGAAGGACAAGAGCAAACUGGAGAUUGAACUGUCACUGCUGAACAGCCGUAUAGCAGAAGUGACGGAGCAGCUGCAGACUACAGUGGAUAAAGGCCGAGCGGAGAGAGAGGCCCUGCUGGAUCACUUGCAUGGACUGACCACAGAGAGCACUGCUGCCAAGCUGGAGAAGCACUCCCUCAAGGCUACAUCGUCUGCAGUGGAGGACAAGCUGGCCUUGUCUCAGUCAGAGCUUCAGCAGGUCAAAGCCUCAAUCCAGCAAUAUGAAAGCCUGCUGGACAGCUAUAAGAUCCAGGUUGGAAAAACACGGGCCGAAGCAGAUGAGUAUCGUGCUCGGCUGGCUCAGGCGGAGCAGGAGGCCCAGGCGGUGCGCAGGGAGCUGGAGCAGGAAGUAGAGGAGGUGCGCAGCGAGCUGCUGGGGCGGCUGGCAGCCUUAGAGCCUCUUCCUGAAGCCUUACAGCGUUCUGAACUCCAGCUGCAGGAGGCACAGGACAGGGAGCACAGCCAGGAGAGACGCAGCAUGGAGCUCAGCACAACCCUGACUGAUCUCCGAAUGAAGGUGGAGACCCAGUGCAGUCAAGUAGAGCUUCUCAGAGAGAAGAACCAGGUGCUGCUGGAGGAGAAUCGACAGCUUCAGCAGCGAGUGGAGACUUUGGAAAGAAAGCUGGGUGAGGCUGGCAAUCAGAACACCGACCUUCUGGUGGUCGUCACCAAACGGGAAGACACCAUCCACAGCAAUCAGCUCCGCCUGGAAGAAAGAACAAGGGAAUGUUCUCUGCUGAGCCGAAAGCUGGAGGAGGCUCUGGGGGAUGCUCACCAACAGAUGUCAGAGACCAGAGGACUUGCUGCCACCAAAGAACGCUCCACCCAGUACAAGAUACUGGACCUAGAGGCUCAACUCAGCAGGACUACGUCAGAAAUCAGUCAACUGCGACGCAGCAAAGAGGAGGUGGAGCGGCGGUACCAGAGCCGACUACAGGAUGUGAAGGAUCGUCUGGAGCAGUCCGACAGCACCAACCGAAGUCUGCAGAACUACGUCCAGUUCCUCAAAGCCUCCUACGCCAAUGUGUUUGGGGACUUGGCCCCCGACAGCUCACUGCGUGCCCCCUCACCCAUCUGACAACCCGUCUGUCAGCUGUGUAUUAUAAGCACUCAUUCCACAAUAGUACGGUGGUCUGAGCCUGUUACUUUUCAUUUUGCUAACAAGAGCUGGCGGCUGUAAAGAUGUCAUGCUUGGUCAGUGUGGUUGCUUGUUUCAUACCAUUUUGAACCAGUUAGGUGAACAGUAUUGUCUGCUAGUAGUAACCCUAACCCUCAAAAACACUGUGACAGACAGCAGUUCAUGCUGCUUACACCCCUUUUCACCAGUCACAUGUAAACUGUACUCAUAGGGCCUUUACAUUGUUUUUAAGACAAGGCAUUUGUUAAAGAUCAUGAAGGUUGAUUGUCACCACCAACAUCUUUCACUUUACUCAUGCUUAUUUUACCAGAUGCUUUAAUCCACUAAAUGCAUUUCUAACACCUUGUAAUACUUUUAACAAUCCUUUUAGAAAACUACAGAAGUAGAUGAGGGCUUAACAACUUACCAGGUAUAAAGCAAAUUGUUCCAUUGACAUGUUGAUUGGCUGGGUGAUUUAGGGUGUACAAUGCUAAAUGUGCAAGCGUAGUGAACUGUGUGCCGUUUGUAUUUCACUUCAAAUUUUGAUCCUUAAAAAUGGACCUUGUGUCGGCUAUGCCCAUCUGGGUAUUUGUGAUGUAUGAACUCAUUUGGCUGCUUUACUUCCAGCCUGACUGGAUACCUGUAGGGACGCUGUAACAAAACCUGAUUUCUUUACUAUGUGAAGGGAGACACAAGUUACACCUGAUGUCUUUGUCCAUAUGUUUGGGAUACUCAGGCCAUGCUGUGAACAACAGAGCCAGAAAUACAAGGCAGGCACAGGUGGUUUAACAUUGUGUUUACCCUGAUGACAUGCUAGAGGUUUGAUGGUUCACACAAAGUGCACCUGUAAGCUGCAGCCCUUCAUCUAACCGGCACGCUACCAUUACUGUACCACCCAUUGUUAUGUUUGAAACUGCAGUCAGGCACUAAUCUGACCAACGUACAAAUAGAGCCCUACAGUGUUUACUACACUGAUGUGCAAAGAGGAACACACGCUGGUGAGGUUUAAAUGGAAAGCAGUGUUUGGUCUUGAAGAUAUUUGGUAGAAAUAGUUUUUCUUGUUUUUCUUAUAUCUUCUAUGAGUUUAUCGUUUGUUCUUUGAUCUUCGAGACCAAACACCAACACCAAAUAUUGUCACCAAUAUUUUCAGUUGUUUUGAUGGCUCUUUGGAGCUUUUUCAGAUGGAAUGUUUUCUUCAGAAAUGUAUGAUUGGAUAUCAAAGUCAGUUAGUAUUUUACAUGCCAAAAACAAUAAGAAUUGCUCGUCUUCAUCAAGCCUUCACAGUCUCUUUUAUUUCCAUACUCAGCUAGUCAUGAAGGUAAUAUGUCUAUUACCAGAGUUAACAGCCUAUGUACUGUAUUUGUACUGCUAUUUAUUCAAAGUAUUGAUUUGUGUGCUGGUUUACAUGUAAACAAUUCUGUAGCCAAGCCACCCAUGACACAUGACGUGGCACAAUAUGUGCUUUAAUGUAUCUGAGCUCUUUGAUUGAAUGGAGCUGAAGACAUUGGUGCUAUCGCUGUUUGUUGGCUGGUACGAGACAGUGUGUGUCAAAACAACUGUUGGGUUUACAGUUUCACAUACUACAUUAUUGGAAUACUUGUUUCCUGUCCAUAGAGUGUAUUCAAUGACUCAAUAAUUUAUAUCCACUCUGGGUAAUAAAACAACUAAAUGU